AUGCGCCCUUCUCACUCAAUGCUCAUGAGUGGGGAUUGGCGUGCCCCUUUCAUUAAAGCCUCUGCCACUGCCACUCCUGCUGCUCGCCCUCUCACCCUAGCUUCAGCUCGCUCUACAUCCACCCAAGCGCUCCUUCACCGGGCUGGAGAUUUUGCCAAGUGCAGUGACUGGUCCAGCUCAUUGGUGAGUCAUCUUGUUGAGACACACGUCACCAAAGCAGUGCUCGCCUUGAGAAGUCAUCUUGUUGAGACACACGUCACCAUAACAGUGCUCUCACUGAGAAGUCAUCUUGCUGAGACACACGUCACCACAGCAGUGCUCUCCCUGAGAAGUCAUCUUGCUGAGACACACGUCACCAUAGCAGUGCUUUCCCUGAGAAGUCAUCUUGCUGAGACACGCGUCACCAUAGCAGUGCUCUCCCUGAGAAGUCAUCUUGUUGAGACAUGCGUCACCAUAGCAGUGCUCUCCCUGAGAAGUCACCUUGCUGAGACAUGCAUCACCAUAGCAGUGCUCUCCUUGAGAAGUCAUCUUGCUGAGACACGCGUCACGAUAGCAGUGCUCUCCCUAAGAAGUCAUCUUGCUGAGACACACAUCACCAUAGAAGUGCUCUCCCUGAGAAGUCAUCUUGUUGAGACACGCGUCACCAUAGCAGUGCUCUCCCUGAGAAGUCUUGCUGAGACACGCGUCACCAUAGCAGUGCUCUCCCUGCGAAGUCAUCUUGAUGAGACACACGUCACCAUAGCAGUGCUCUCCCUGAGAAGUCAUCUUGCUGAGACACGCGUCACCAUAGCAGUGCUCUCCCUAAGAAGUCAUCUUGUUGAGACAUGCGUCACCAUAGCAGUGCUCUCCCUGAGAAGUCACCUUGCUGAGACAUGCAUCACCAUAGAACAUUGCUCUCCCUAA